UCCUAUUCUAUGCUAUCCUAUCACAGAUCCCGCAUUCCCACCCCUCGUCGAGCGCUCCCCUCUAGCUCACUAAACUCAAGUUCCACUUUAUGUUCCUCCGAUCUGCGAGGCUCGCCGGAACACGGUUCUUGUCAAGCAUGGCGACGCAAUCCAUGACUCCAAUGGAGGAUACCAUGCGGAUGAAGAUUACAGAGGCUUUGAAACCGACGGCAUUGGAGAUAUUUAAUGAUUCGCAUUUGCAUUCGCAUCAUAAGGCCAUGCAGGGUGUUACAUCGAAAGAGACACAUUUCCGCGUCACGAUAACCUCCGAGGCCUUCGCAUCCAAAAUGCAACCCGCACGACACCGAAUGGUGUACGCGCUUCUAAAAGAUGAGAUGGCGCAAGAGGGCGGGAUUCACGCGCUGCAGCUGAAGACAAGGACGCCAGCAGAAGAAGAACGACAGAAGCAGAAAGACGCUCUAGCCAUUGAGAAGUAAGACAGACAUUGCCCAUAACAGCAGAUCUAAGAGGCGGCGAAGGCAGAAGAGGCUCACUCAAUGAGCGGUGUAACUCAAUGAGCGGUGUAUUAUCUGCCUCAGUCACUCCCCAAAUUCUUCCAGAAUCAUGUCAGAACAGUUUUCGUUUUUCCCUGCAUGACAUCCACGUCGGUGGAGUGAGUGGAGCGGUCCUGGAGCGUUUCGCAACCAGGUCGGUGGUAUUCGGUAACCUGACCUGAUGGACCUGUAGGUACCAGGUACUGGUAUGCACCAGGACAGGGAAGAGACGUGAGGCAAAACAUAGAGCGCAACGUCGUGAGUGGAUAAAAAUAAAGAUUUCCGUAACGUCCCAAAAAUUUA